AUGAUCACCAGCAAGCAAAUUAUCCAUGGCAAAUCUUUUGACGAGGAAACUGGCAAGAGUAGUGGUGUCGAAAUCAUACAAACCGAACAAACAUCACCGCCACCAGAGGAGGUGACCAUCGAUCCUCAAAUCGAAAGGCGGUUGGUGAGGAAGCUUGAUUUACGCUUGAUGAUUUGGGCGUUUCUUGCCUACUUCGCCAAUCUUUUGGAUCGAAACAACAUGCAGAAUGCAUUCACCAACGGUAUGGAAGAAGACUUGGACUUGAAUUCAGACGCAUACAAUUGGGCGGUUACCAUGUUCUUUAUUGGGUACAUUAUUCUUCAAAUUCCAGGGAACAUGGUGAUCACCAAAGUCAAGCCAAGGUUCUUCCUACCUAGUGUGGUAUUGCUCUGGGGAGCAGUGGUGAGCUUUAUGGCACUCAUUUCCGAUUAUAAAUCAUUAUGGGGAAUGCGUCUAUGCCUUGGUGUUUCUGAAGCCGCCUUUUAUCCAGGUUGUAUGUUCUUAUUGGGAAGUUGGUAUACCAAGACUGAGCUCGGUAAAAGAACCAUGUUUUUUGCGAUUGGUAAUCAAAUCAGCGGUGCCCUCGGUGGUCUAAUAGCAGGAAGCAUUGCUCAAAAUCUUCAUGGUGCAAGUGGAAUGGCUGGUUGGAAGUGGCUAUUUAUCAUCGAGGGCUUGAUUGGAGUAGUUGUUGGGCUUGCCGGUUACUUUCUUAUCCCCAACUAUCCACACAACACACCAUGGCUCUCACCAGAAGAGGCAAAAGUAGCUCAAGCACGCUUAAUGCGUCAAGGAAAGCAAGUACGCUCGAUGACCUAUAGCUGGAAAACAUUUUCAAACCUAUUAAUGACACCCUAUGCAUGGUUGAUGGUUGUCAACUUUGCAUGCAUUUACAUUGGCAAUAACAUGUCCCUCAACUUUGCCAUCAUCUUACGUGAUAUGGGCUAUAGCUCAUCCUUUGCAAAUUAUAUGAAUACCCCGGCGUACUUGUUUGGUGCUAUCGUUGCCUUGGCAAUUGGAUGGAGUUCAGAUCAUUUCCGUGAACGGCCAUUCCAUUUGGCAGGUGUGCAACUCUGGGUAGCCAUAUGGUUCCUGAUCCUUGCUGUGGUAAAUCAUGGAGCCAAUCCACCAGCAUUGGUAUUCAUUGGAACCUAUGCCUUGACUGCCAACAUCUCCAUGACACCCCUAUGCUUGGCAUGGUGCAAUGAGAUCUACAAGUCCGAUACCAAUACACGUGCUCUUGCAAUUGCGUUUAUCAAUGCUAUCGGUAAUCUCGCGCCAAACUUUAUAAAUGUGCGUGCAUGGGUUGUCUCGGAUUCACCCGAUUUCUGGCUCGGCAAAAUCACCACCAUGGCCAUGAGUUUCGCAUCCGUAGUGCUCACUAUCUUUAUUUGGUACUUGACCAAGAUUCAAUUCAUGCUUCCUCGUAGCAUCGACGAUAAUAAUGAUGAUAAAGAUGACGAUGAAAGCGAUGAUAUAAGAAGAGAUCAACGUCAUGACGAAAGUUGA